UGAACCUCUACGCCUAGAACCCGCACACAAAAAUGGUCUGUGCCGCGCGGUCUUUGAGACGCGCGAACCGGUCGUCUCUCUGGUCUGCAGACCCUCGCUGAGGCCACAGUAGACGCCUGACAACAAUCCGUCCAGCGGUGGGACGCGCCGCGUCUCCAGAGGCUCAGUUGGGCCCCCCGCAGCCUCAUUGCCCAGCCGGCCGCCGCGCGCCGUACGCGCGCCACGGCUGGCCCACGAUGUCCCACAAAGUCAUCGACCUCGCCAGCGACGAAGAAAAAGAAAAGGCCGGCCCGAUCGACCUCGCCAACAGCUCCGACGACGACGACGCCGACGACGUCGACGACGGCCUCCAGGUCGCCUGCCCGAAGUGCACGUUGCUGAACGCGGGCGACGCUGAUCAAUGCGUCGCCUGCGGCAACCAGUUGCGGGCCGCGGCGCAGCCAUCGAAGCCGUCGCGAUGGGACCGCGAGGACCGCGAGGACCGCGCCAACACAUCAACGUGGCCUCGCGCCGACGGCACGCCCUGGAGCCAGAAGCCCAAAACGGGUUUUCGCAUCCCGACGCGGUCCGACGUCGACGCGAAGAAGAAGCGGCCGCCCCCACCCACAGACUGCAAGCCCGUCGCCGCCUCGAAGCGAGCGAAGCAGCUCCAGGCCGCCGGGGCGCUGCGCGACAUCGAAAAGGUUUCCUUUCCGGUAAGACCCGGCGCCUUCGCCGACGACGCGCCGCCGCCUCAACAAAAGCCGCGCUUCGAGUCGCUCGCGUCCUUGCCUUCGCCGGGCAGCGCCGCGGCCGCGGCCAAGGACGCCAUCCGCUCGACGGCCUCGCACGCCGCCGCGGGUCUGAGGUCUGACGCCGAGCGCCAGCGGUCCGCCGUGGACUCGUGGGACACGUCGAAGAGGAAGCCGCUGACCGUGCCGCCGCGCACGCGCCCCCAGACGCGGUCGGUCGCAGAGAUGCUAAAUUGCCCGGGUGCCGCAACCGUGAAGCCCAUCAGAGUGCCCGUGCCGGCCUUAGGUGAUGACGCCUGGGUCCUGCGCGGGGCUUUAGGUGCCGAGGUGCGGUCGUGGUCGAAGAUUUAUGUUCCAUUGAUCUUCUGCGCGCUGGGGGACGUGCCCGAGUGUGCCGCCGUCGCCUGCCGCGCGGACCUGUACUCGUCGCAGUACGUGAGCGCGUCCGACGACAUCAAGCGGGCGACGGCGUGGUGGUCGCGGCGCCUGUCGAAGUGGCCCGACUGGAUCGUUGCGGUCCGCGAGAAAGUCAUCGCCGGCGAUGCGGUCGCGUUUGAGAAGCGCUUCCUGCGGAACUGCAAGGGCAAGACGGCCGGCGUCUUCAACAACGCGCGCGAGUACGGCUGGCUGCCGCACCCUCCAGCUAGGUUGCAGGAGGCCAUUGUGAGGGAGGCGGGCGUCGACGGCGAGCUCGCGCUGGCGUGCCUCGCGGCGACGGCGAAGAAGGCGCCCGCGUCGCAGAAGCGCGGGCCGCCCGCGCCGCAGAAGAGGGCGCAGGGCGAGGUCGUGGAGCUCAGCGACGACGACGACGAGCUGGUCGUGGCGCCCCCAAAGCGCCAGGAGCCCGCGUCGCAGCAGUCCUCCGACGAGGACGACUUCGACGCCGUCUUCCCUGCGCGCCACGCGGCGAAGUAGGG